AAAAAAAAAAAAACCGCUUCCCGCCCGCUCCCUCCCUCGGCCGCUGCCGCAUUCGCUCCUGCGACGGGAGAGAGCCGCGGCUGCAGCAUGGCCACCCCCACCGAGGCACCUAGGCACGAUGGCCACGGACACCGGGAUCCCUUCUCCUACGACUAUGACACCCUGCGCGUGGUCGGCCUUGUCCUGGCCAUUGUCAUGUUCGUGGUGGGCAUCCUGACAGCGCUGAGUAAGAAAUUCAAAUGUAAAAAGUCCGACUCCAGCCUGCCGGAGGCCAGGCAACCAGGAAAGACCCCAACUCCAGCAGGCAGCGCGUAGGCCUGGUGACUGGAAUGUAGCGCCCCCCUCUGGCUGGGGGGUGCAGACCCUGCAGCCCCCUCCUCGCCCAGGACAGCUCCAAGACCUCGGCUCCAGCGCCCGGCGACAUCCGUGGGGGCAGGGAAGGGGGAACCCCGUUAUCUGAGCCUCUGUCUUUUAGAACCUCUGCCUCCAAUUGGUUGGCGAGCCCAUUGCAUGCUGGGAGCAGGCACCAUAUGCAGGGAGGGGGGGUCUCUUAGCCUCACUUGCCCCCCCCCAUCUUGACCCAUUGGGUCCCCUUCACUUCCUGUCCCCCCCAGCACAUGUGACUCUCAUGCCAUUACUGCUUUGCUUACGGCACCCCCCUCCCCGCUGCAUUGGGCGGGUGCUCCAUGUGGGGGGACGGCCACACACCACCAAAACAUCCCGCCAGGCCCAGACACAGGCCUCACCUGGGCCCGGGGCCCUGGGCCCUGGGCCAGCAGCUGGAUGCUGACAGGGUGCUGCUUUCAUGACGUGUUUUCAGCUGCCCCCCAACCCCCCCAAGCACGGGGCAGAGCAGACCCAGCGCUCAAUAAACAUGGGGUUGUUUCUUA